GAGUUGGGCAAGCCCACAUAGAUUGUUAAAACAACGGCCCAUCUCCGUCGAAACCCGCACUAGUUUUUAGGGUUUUAUCAAAACCUCGUGCGCCGCUUCUAUAUAUUGCCAAAGCUUCUCUGCAGAACCUCAACUUAGCUAGCCAUGGUUAAGUACUCCAAGGAACCCGAUAACCCCACUAAAUCCUGCAAGGCCAGGGGUGAGGGUCUUCGCUGCCAUUUCAAGAACACAAGGGAGACAGCGCAUGCCAUUAGGAAGUUGCCACUAAUCAAGGCAAAGAGGUAUUUGGAGGAUGUUCUGAUUCACAAGCAGGCCAUUCCUUUUACUCGGUUUUGUCGUGGUGUUGGGCGAACUGCUCAGGCAAAGAAUAGACAUUCCAAUGGACAGGGACGUUGGCCUGCAAAAUCUGCAAAGUUUAUACUUGAUCUACUCAAGAAUGCUGAGAGCAAUGCCGAGGUGAAAGGUCUGGAUAUCGAUUCGCUUUUCAUAUCCCACAUUCAGGUGAACCAGGCUCAAAAACAGAGGCGUCGAACAUACCGUGCUCAUGGAAGGAUUAACCCUUACAUGUCAUCACCUUGCCAUAUUGAGUUGACUUUGUCCGAAAAAGAAGAACCUGUGAAAAAGGAGCCGGAGACCCAAUUGGCCAGCGGCAAGUCUAGGAAAUCUCAAGCUCUGCGUAGUGGUGCAUCCUCUUGAUUGGAAAGAGUUUAGCUAGAACUAGUUAAUGUCCCUUGUGUGUUCAAUUGACCUUGGAAAACUUGAUUUUGUCAUAAUGCUUAAUGAAUAUGUUAUGUUACCCUGUAAAACUUGUUUGGAGUUGAUUCUGAGUUUUGAAAAAUCUCUUGAAGAACCUCAUAUAUUUGUAGAUCUUCCAAUGUUACUCGUUUGGGUAAUUCUUUUAUUA